GGGGUCUAUGACUCUGAUCAAGCUAAACAAGUAAGAUAUAAAAAAGUAGAUGUAACUGCCAUUAGGUGGCGUAGAUGGCCUCUCGGAAUGGAUGGUUUCCUACCUAAAGUGUCUAGGGAAUGUAAAUUUUCAAGGCCAAAGAGCGAAGACCCGAAGUUUGACUUUCCUUUGUGAAUCAUCGAGUCACUUUAAGAAAACCUGAACCUUCCCUCUUGAUUUAACUUUGUCGCCCUGCAAAGUUGAAAGUAAACAGGAUGAAAGAGCUCUACAAUACCUUACCGUUACCAGACGAUCGCCCUGUUACUGCUCUGUGUGUCGUAGAAGAUCCGUCUAAAUGUCCCCAUGGCUAUUCAGUUGUAGCAAAAUCGCACGAUCAAGAUUUAGAUGCAGAUUUGUGGAAAGAUGGAUUUUUUGGCAAACGAAUCACGAGAUAUCUAUGCUUGUCAAAAACAGAAGGUCCUUCUGGUUUUGUCAUUGACUCUCUGUGUGUCAUCAACGACAAAGAUGCUCCUCCCAAUGGUUACGUCUUGUUGUCAAAAACAUAUGGAACAGAGCAACGUGCUUGGAGAAAACGUCAAUUAACAUACAGGCUCAGUGAAACUAGCUCAGUCUUUCUUGCCAUCACUGAUAUUAUAAUACUCAGCAAAUCUAAGAAAGCACCAGAAGGUUUCACUAUGGGUGGAGAAAUAAAUGGACUGGUGUUAUGUUACAAGUCAGCACCUUUACCAGCAAAUCCAAUGUUAACUAGGGUAUUGCCAUCUCUUCCAUCAGUCAACUUGAAAUCCAUCCCUACCUCAGAUUACACACCUUCUGGUUCAAUAACUUCACCUACCCCUUAUCCUAUACAUUCUUCCAAUGCCAAUCCCAUCAAAUCUCCAGUAAGACCAGCCCCAAUUCCACCCCAGGCCAAUCCUUCAUCUGAUGACAACGUUGCUGAGAAAAAUCAUUUGGUUGUCAUAUCUACAUCUACACUGUCGGGUUUCACAGGACUGGAAGGGGUUCCGUUUACAUUGGGGCCCAGAGUUCUAAGUGGAGUGAAUCCGUCAAGGUCGAAUGGUGGCUUCAAUCUCCAAAAAACAGCUCAAGAAAUUAACGUCGAGUAUCAGUAUUCUUUUGCUACCGAGAGGGAAGCUUUGUUACGAUUGUGAUCUAACUUCUUUCAGCCCGUUAGCGAUUUCAAAUAUCUCUUCCAGACUCUCUUUCGCGUAUUCCUUGGUUCUAUUCGGUGAAUGAACACAUAAAUUUUUGUUUUCAUUCGCUAUUCGCAAAGAAAUAACCGAAACCGUGGAAGGGCUCUAGCUUUCAGAUAGCUGGAUUUUGACGCAAGUCCACAAGUAGCUCCUAUACUUUGUUUCAUUGAUUUAUGAAAACCUUGUUCUGUUUUUCCGCGCUUCUUCUUAAAUCCCUAUAGUCUCCCGUCUUUGUUUAUUUCAAAACUCCCCUUACACAUACAAAACGAUAUGCCUGCGACGAAUUCGUAGAACAAUUAAUUGUGUUAUUCGCUAUCUAUUCUAUCUAUUUUCGCCAACAUGCGUAAUUGCCAAAUUUUUCUUGCCUCGGUAAGGCAUGCAUAUUUUACCGUAUUGCAACCGGCCAAAAUAGUGUUGGUUCGUUCACCCGACUUUUGUUGCACUUUGUUAAUGUCUAGAAAUGUCAUGCCACAAGUGUGCAGUCUCAAUACAACCCUUAUUGGAUUGAUUA